GCGAGAGUAGUCAAAACAUGGUUCUGAGCGUCAGGAUUCAGUCUCAAUUAAUUUUGCCUUUUUCGGCGUCUUCCCGCGCAUUGUUCUAUUUGAGUACUUCUGUUGUGUCUUACUUUUUUACAUUUUAUUGCAAGAAUUCUUGAUAACAAUACUGUAUAAUUGACAACCAUGCCUGCAUUACGGGGGAAGUCAGGAAAAGCUAUUCCUGAUGACCAGUCUUCAACACAAGGCUCUGAAUACCUGCAAUCUACGGCAAGUUCACAUGGAGAUCAUUCAGAUGAAAGUGAAAAUGAAGAUGGAUCAAAAGUGAAGAAAAAACCGACAAGAGGCCAGUUCGGGGGAGCAAAACGAGGACGAGGGCGCCGACCAAGAGCAGAAACUGAAUCCAUUGCGAGCAAUGAACCUAGCACUUUGUUUGAGAUAGUACGUCAAGGCAAAGGCGGAUCCCAGACAAUUGUAGACGAAUGGAUUGAAAGUUACAAGACAAAUCGUGACACAGCACUCCUUGAUUUGAUCAACUUCAUUAUACAAAGCUCAGGGUGUAAGGGAGUCGUAACAACUGACAUGUAUGCUACCCUGGAACAUAGUGAUAUUAUCAGACGCAUGACGGAAGAAUUUGACGAGGAAAGUGGAGACUACCCACUGAUAAUGACGGGAAUUAUGUACAAGAAGUUCAAGUCAAAUUUCUGCGAUUUCAUUGUGGUGCUUGUGCGGCAAUGCCAGUACAGCAUACUGUAUGAUCAGUAUAUGAUGGACAAUAUCAUAUCUCUUCUGACAGGACUUAGCGACUCCCAGGUCCGUGCUUUCCGACACACCAGUACCCUAGCAGCUAUGAAACUUAUGACAGCAUUGGUGAAUGUCGCCCUGAAUCUUAGUGUAAAUUUGGACAACACACAGCGUCAGCACGAUGCUGAGCGUCAAAAGCAGACUUCAAAACGAGCGAGUGAGAGAAUUGAAAUGCUGCUCGGAAAACGGCAGGAGAUUAUCGAGAACAUAGAGGAAAUACAGCAGAUGAUGAAUAACAUCUUCAAAGGAAUCUUCGUCCACAGAUAUAGGGAUACACAGCCAGAGAUCAGAGCGAUCUGCAUGGGAGAAAUUGGUGUUUGGAUGAAAAACUACAGCGAGAUGUUCUUGAGUGACAGCUACCUGAAAUAUGUUGGCUGGACCCUCCAUGAUAAGGUUGGGGAUGUUAGAUUAAAGUGUUUAGUGGGACUCCAGAAUCUGUACCUUGUAAAUGACUUGGCAUUAAAGCUGGAACUCUUCACCAAUCGAUUCAAAGAUAGGAUUGUUGCCAUGACGCUGGAUAAGGAAACUGAUGUGGCAGUGCAAGCCAUCAAAGUUGUCACUCUCAUUCUAAAGUUUAAUGAAGACAUAUUAUCUGCUGAAGAUUGUGAAAAUGUUUACCAGCUGGUAUACUCAGCAAGCAGAGCAGUAGCCCAGGCAGCCGGUGAGUUUCUCAACGAAAGGCUCUUCAAAAGAGAUGACACAGAUUCGGCGAAGUCCAAGCGAGCAGCAAGCAAAAGGCGUAGUGCGAAUGCCCCCCUUAUUAAGGAUCUUGUCCAGUUCUUCAUCGAAAGUGAGCUCCAUGAACAUGCUGCAUACCUAGUAGAUGCCCUCUGGGAAGUUAAUGACAUGGGAAAGGAUUGGGAUUGCAUGACAGAACUGCUCCUUGAGGAACCCGGAAGAGGAGAAGAGCCUCUUGAUGAUCGGCAAGAAACUGCUCUGAUUGAAAUCAUGGUGUGUGCCGUGCGACAAGCAGCCCAGGGGCACCCGCCUGUUGGGCGAGGCUCAUCCAAGAAGAUCCUUACAGCUAAGGAGAAGAAGUCGGUACAGGAUGAUAAGAUGAAACUGUCAGAACACUUCAUAGUCAAGUUGCCAGAUCUGCUUUCAAAGUAUGGAAUGGACUCUGAUAAAGUAGCCAACCUAUUGGAGAUCCCGCAACACUUUGAUGUUGAGAUCUUCACCACCAGUCGGCUGGAGAAGCACCUUGACUCACUUUUACGACAAAUGAGAGACAUAGUGGAGAAGCACACAGAAUCUGAGGUUCUUGAAGCAUGUGCAAAGACAUAUGAAAGCCUCCUUUGCGAGCAAUACAACACCACACCCAAGGUAGAGGUUGCCAGGACAACACUCUUUGACAGUCUUGCAGAAAGGCUUGCCCGAAGUUUUGAGAGUUUUGAUGCAACGGACGAGCCACAUGAUAAUGUGAUCUACGCCUUGUCAUCUAGUCUCAAAAGGAUUACAACUUUCUACAGCUGUCAUGACCUUACAGGCUGGAACCUUUACGAGAUGAUCUACGUACUCAUCAAGCAAGCUCCAAAGCGUGGCGACAUUCCAGAGGAUAUUUAUGCCUCUGCAAUUGCCUGCGCUCAUUACGCAAUCAUGUGGUACGUUAACAAGCUAGAAGACAAGAACCCAGACCCGGAUGAAAUAAAUAAAUUAAAAAAACGGGUCAAUGAUCUGAUUCACCUCUGCGCCAUCCUUCUUAUUGAUCGUAACGAGACAGUGAAGCAGGAAGCCUUCACCACAAUUGGGGACCUCCUGGUAGUCUUCAGCAAGCAGUUGGGCUCCGAUAAGGCCUAUAGCUCAUUGGUCUACAUAGCCAAUGAUAACUUACAAAAUCUGAUAUCAGAUUUUAUCCAGGAAGAAGUAUUUGUUGAAGAAGAUGAUGAUGAUGACGACGAUGAUGGUGACGAUUCCCAUAAAAUUGAAGUUCUUCACAAACGCCGUAAUCUUCUUGCGUCAUUCUGCAAACUCAUCGUGUUCAACAUUAUUGACAUGCGCAAUGCUGCUGGUAUAUUUAAACACUACAUGAAGUAUUAUAAUGAUUAUGGUGAUAUCAUCAAGCUGACAUUAGCCAAGUCAAGAGAAAUCAACAAGAUCAGCUGUGCCAGGACAUUAGGACUCAGUCUGAGCCAGUUAUUUAAUGAAAUGAAGAGUGAGAUAGGAUAUGCUGAUGAAAGCCGCUCUAUUGCGCAAAUGAAUGCUAUUAAAGAGCUUGCACGUAGAUUCUCGCUCACCUUUGGACUUGACCAGAUCAAAACCAGAGAUGCCGUGGCAGCUCUUCACAGAGAAGGUAUUGUGUUCAGCUUAACACCAAUAGAAGACCGUCAAAACCCAGGAGGGCCACCACCAAACAUUGGUUAUCUUGAUAUACUUAGUGAAUUCACCGCAAAACUUAUGAAGCAAGAUAAAAAGACUGUCCUGGCAUAUCUGGACAAGCAACUCAAAUCAGAAAUGUUGGAACAAACCGGGGAUGAAUGGUCUGCAUUAAGAGCCUACCGCAACAGCCUGAUGCAAGGCGGUGACACCAGCUCUGACGUCAGUCGUCCACCCCGUCCUCCUAAGCGCCCUAAGCCAGGCAUCAAAAGGAAGAUGGCCCUGUCUGGAGCUGAUGAUGUAGAGGGUCGCUGGGUUUCCCGAGAGGAACAGGCUCAAGGAGCGCGUGGUGGAUGGAAACGUCGACGCACAGAUGAGGAACUUACCAGUCAAGGAAGGCAACAGCAACAGCAGGAAGAGGAGAGUGAAGAUGAAAGUAAUGAUGAAGAAGACGACUUCCAAGAAGGACAGGCCAUCCAAGUAUUGGAGGAUAUGCAAAUGGGUUUCUGAACAAGUCAUCCAUUGGAUUAAUCUUCUCCAAAAUUCACCUUCACCUACAAGUCAUUUUAACUUUCAUUCACCAGUGUUAUAUGGACAGAGAGAGGUGCACAAAACCGAGUACAGCAUACAUUUAGAAGUUAAAAGAGAAGUCGUUGAAAUAUUUUACGCCGUCUUAAGGUCAUUGGUUGAUUUUUCGAGUUGCAGAAAGCUGGACACUCACUUCGUCCGACAGUCGUUGGCCGCCGCGAUUCUAUACAGAAUGCAAGGCGAGGACGGAUUUGCCGCGUCGUCUAGCACUCAUAGGGAGGGGAGUUAGAUGGUCGUACUCCCGGCUUAAGAGAUAUGAAGACAUGUGGUUUAUUAACCGUGUUAAUUGUUAGUGUUUUUUUAGAGGUAAAAGUGGGUAAAUUAAGUUGAAUGUUUAAUCAUCGUUGUUAUUAUUAUUGUCAUCAUCAUUUUACUCCUGUCGAUAUUCAUGUCAUCCUAAACUAAACCUUAUGUAAAUCCAGUUUUGUUUCACUAUAAUUUUAUUAGUAUUUUGAGCAUGGUCAUUGUAUUCUAUAUUUUUUAUUCCCAUAAAUUGUGCUAGUGUCUGUCCACAUUUCAUCCAGGGGGAAUAUUCGGUACCUUUUUCCAAAGAUACUAUUAACCUGCUAACCUUACAGCUUUUAGUUAUAUCAAAAACUGUGAAGGUUUGAUCUGUUUGUUAAUUGUAGUACAAUUUUCCUUUAUUGUAAUGUAUAUAGAAUCCAUGUGUUGAUAUUUGACCUGUAAAUAGUUUUGUUUCAAGAUUUUUCUUGCAAGUUGUCUCCUAAUCAUUGUAAUCGCAAUGAAUGUCACAGUUUUAAACAAAUAUUCUACUGCCUUUUAAGGAUCAGUACUCCAGCUUCAUUGUUGUACUUUUGGCAAACCUACAUAUAUCAGAUGUGUAUUGGACAAGUAUACAUCUAUACAUUGUAGCUCGCCAUCCUCUGAUUGUGUACACACUCACGGAAGAACAUUUUCUCCAACAAGGUUUUGUAAACUGAAUACAACAAGCAGUUAGCCAAACAUUUUCCAUCAUAUUCCAUGUUACGUCUUGGGAGUCUGUUACCUUGUUACUUGCACACAACUUGUGUGGUUGACACUUAAUUGAUGUUGCAAGAAAUGUUUUAUUAAAUCACUGCACGAAUCUUUUUCAUUACUGGUUGUAAAUUUUUCUUCACAAUUCAUACUUUUGUAACAAUAUUUGAAAGUGUUCCUCAAUGUUAUCAAGAAACAUGAAAAGUUAAACAGAAAAAUAAAAAUAGUAAAAAUAA